AUGUCGGACUACAGCACGGGAGGACCCCCGCCCGGGCCGCCGCCACCCGCCGGCGGGGGCCCGGGAAUCCGCAAGGACGCCUUCGCAGACGCAGUGCAGCGGGCCCGCCAGAUCGCAGCCAAAAUUGGAGGUGAUGCCGCUACAACAGUGAAUAACAGCACUCCUGAUUUUGGUUUUGGAGGCCAAAAGAGACAGUUAGAAGAUGGAGACCAACCGGAGAGCAAGAAACUGGCUUCCCAGGGAGACUCCAUCAGUUCUCAGCUCGGACCCAUCCAUCCUCCCCCCAGGACUUCAAUGACAGAAGAGUACAGAGUCCCAGAUGGCAUGGUGGGACUAAUCAUUGGCAGAGGAGGCGAACAGAUUAACAAAAUCCAGCAGGAUUCGGGCUGCAAAGUGCAGAUCUCUCCAGACAGCGGUGGCCUACCCGAGCGCAGCGUGUCCUUGACAGGAGCCCCGGAGUCUGUGCAGAAAGCAAAGAUGAUGCUGGAUGACAUCGUCUCUCGGGGUCGUGGGGGCCCCCCAGGACAGUUCCAUGACAACGCCAACGGGGGCCAGAACGGCACAGUGCAGGAGAUCAUGAUCCCCGCAGGGAAGGCCGGCCUGGUUAUCGGCAAAGGUGGAGAGACGAUUAAGCAGCUGCAGGAACGGGCUGGAGUGAAGAUGAUUUUAAUCCAAGAUGGAUCCCAGAACACAAAUGUGGACAAACCGCUCCGGAUCAUCGGAGACCCUUACAAAGUACAGCAAGCCUGCGAGAUGGUGAUGGACAUCCUUCGGGAGCGUGACCAGGGUGGCUUCGGGGACCGGAAUGAGUAUGGAUCCCGGAUCGGCGGGGGCAUCGAUGUGCCAGUGCCCAGGCAUUCUGUGGGGGUGGUCAUCGGCCGGAGCGGAGAGAUGAUCAAGAAGAUCCAGAAUGACGCGGGUGUUCGGAUACAGUUUAAACAAGAUGACGGGACGGGUCCCGAGAAGAUAGCACACAUAAUGGGGCCGCCAGACCGGUGUGAGCACGCCGCGAGGAUCAUCAGCGACCUCCUCCAGAGCCUCAGGAGUGGUCCCCCAGGCCCUCCGGGGGGUCCUGGCAUGCCCCCAGGGGGCCGAGGUCGAGGACGAGGCCAAGGCAACUGGGGCCCUCCCGGUGGGGAGAUGACCUUCUCCAUUCCCACUCACAAGUGUGGGCUGGUCAUCGGCCGAGGUGGCGAGAACGUGAAAGCCAUAAACCAGCAGACGGGCGCCUUUGUAGAGAUCUCCCGGCAGCUGCCACCCAACGGGGACCCCAACUUCAAGCUGUUCAUCAUCCGGGGCUCGCCCCAGCAGAUCGACCACGCCAAGCAGCUCAUCGAGGAGAAGAUAGAGGGUCCCCUCUGCCCAGUGGGACCAGGCCCCGGGGGCCCAGGCCCUGCCGGCCCCAUGGGACCCUUCAACCCCGGGCCCUUCAAUCAGGGGCCACCCGGGGCUCCCCCUCAUGCUGGAGGCCCCCCUCCUCACCAGUACCCACCCCAGGGCUGGGGCAAUACCUACCCUCAGUGGCAGCCGCCUGCUCCUCACGACCCGAAUAAAGCCGCGGCUGCCGCCGCAGACCCCAACGCCGCCUGGGCCGCCUACUACUCACACUACUACCAGCAGCCCCCAGGCCCCGUGCCAGGCCCAGCACCGGCCCCCGCGGCCCCGCCCACCCAGGGCGAGCCCCCUCAGCCUCCACCUGCCGGCCAGUCGGACUACACUAAGGCCUGGGAGGAGUACUACAAGAAGAUCGGCCAGCAGCCCCAGCAGCCCGGCGCACCCCCGCAGCAGGACUACACGAAAGCCUGGGAGGAGUACUACAAGAAGCAGGCUCAAGUGGCCACGGGAGGGGGUCCAGGAGCACCCCCAGGCUCCCAGCCGGACUACAGUGCCGCCUGGGCCGAAUAUUACAGACAGCAAGCCGCUUACUACGGACAGACUCCAGGUCCUGGCGGCCCCCAGCCUCCACCCACACAGCAGGGACAGCAGCAGGCAAGUGGGAAUUGCCACCCUCCUCCUCCUCCUUUCUCCUUCCAACCCCCGGCUACCGUCCAUCCUGCCUUAGUGGGUAGCGCCGGAAAUCCCUUCCCCUGCGGGGUGUGUCCUUGA